AUAGAUUUUUUUUAAAGCAAGAAACAUUCUAACUCUGCUGAGACAAAAUGAGUUCAGAGAGGGAAACGUUGAUGGAUGAAAUCGAAAAGAGUUUAUGGAAUUUAACUGAGGACAAUUUACGCGACCUGUGUGAACGUUGUGGAAUGGAUGGCUCUGAAAUUAAAGUUAUGAAUCAUCGCUUAUUAAGGCGUAAAGUCAUGGAGGAAAUGUGGGACAAUACGGAGUCAAUGAAAUCAGAGGAGCAGGGAAUGUCUUGGUUAGUCCAACUGAAAGACGACAUCAGGAGGAUACUGGAGGAUGGUAGCAGUGCACUCAUGAGUCCCAGCCAAGCCGAUGAUGAUGUAGACUGUGACGAAGAAUGGAACGAAGAGGGAGGAUCUAGGUUGCCUAGUAACAGACUGGAGGCAAAAUCUGAUCUAGAGAGGCACACACCAGAGCAGAGGGAGAGUGAUGUGACUACUUCCCAGUCAGAAAGUGUUUUUCUCAAACCACACUUGUGCACUACAUGCGGUAAGGGAUUCCAUCAGGCCGGCUGUCUUAAGAGACACCUGAGAACUCAUACGGGGGAGAAACCGUUCGUCUGCCCUCGUUGUGGGAGGGCUUGGAGUGAUUCUGGAAACUUAAAGAGACACAUGAGAAAAACUCACCCAGGAAAGGAGAUGGUUGUUAAGAUGCUCAACACACAGAGGAGUGACCCUACAGGAAGUAGGGAGGAAAUGAAUGUGGAUUCAAUUAAAUCGGAGGAGCAGGGAACGUCUUGGUCACUCCAGCUGAAACAGGAGGAUGCUUGUGGUGCCCCUGUGAGUCUCAGCCAGGCUCAUGCUGAUGAUGUAGACUGCAACGUUGAGGACAGAGAUUGGUUGCCUAGCAUCGGACUGAAGGCGGAGCCCAUGAGUCCCAGCCAAUCCGACGAUGACAUUGCAGACCGUAAAGAAGAAUGGAACGAAGCGGGAGGCACUACGUUGCCAAGCAACGGACUGGAGUGGGAGUCAGCUCAAGAGAGCCACAGUUGCGACAAGCCUCUCUGGCCCUCUUCCACCCUCCCAGAGUCCCCGGGGCGUGCCUCUCCCGGUAGCGCCUUAUUGUGCGGUCUGAAGAUGGUGUCUGUGCGUCUUGUCGACUGCAGGAAGACACCGGGGCAGAGUGGCCUUAAAAUACACAAGGCAACACAGACAGGAGAGAAAUCCCACAGCUCGUCUAAUGCUGAACAACACAAAACCCUCUCAGGAAACAGGCCUAGAUCCCAUAUCUGUGAUCACUGUGGGAAGAAUUUUACCACAGCAACCAAUCUGAAAAGACACUUACUGUAUCUGUCUGGAGAGAAACCAUACAUGUGCUCUGAAUGCGGAAAGAGAUUCACACAGGCCGGCAGUCUUAAGACACACCAGAGAACUCAUACGGGGGAGAAACCGUACAUCUGCACUCGUUGUGGGAAGGCUUGGAGUGAUUAUGGAAACUUAAAGAGACACAUGAGAAGGCAUACUGUUAAACAACACACAGUGAAACCUCACCACUGCUCGGAUUGUGGAAAACAAUUCAUUGUAAAAUCAAGCCUGAAACAUCACCGGCUAGUUUUUCACACAGAUCAUCCUCACCGUUGUGGUCAAUGUAAGAAGAGCUUCAUAACUGCAGAAAGACUGGAAUCACACAUGAAAACACAACACCCGCCAAGUGAUCCUCUGAAGAACCCACAUGUGUGCUCUGAAUGUGGUAAGGGAUUCCAUCAGGCUGGCUGUCUUAAGAGACACCUGAGAACUCAUACGGGGGAGAAACCGUUUGUCUGCCCUCGUUGUGGGAGGGCUUGGAGUGAUUCUGGAAACUUAAAGAGACACAUGAGAAAAACUCACCCAGGAGAAGAGAUGGUUGUUAAGAGGCUCGGCACUCAGAGGAGUGACCCUACAGGAAGUAGGGAGGAAAUGAAUGUGGAUUCAAUAAAAUCAGAGGAGCAGGGAAUGUCUCGGUCACUCCAGCUGAAAGAGGACAUCAGAAGGAUACUGGUGGAUGCUAGCGGUGCACCAAUGAGUCUCAACCAAGCCGAUGAUUAUUCUGAAGACUGUGACGAGGGAGGAAGAACUAGGUUGUCUAGCAACAGACUGGAGGCGAAAUCUGAUCUAGAGAGGCACACACCAGAGCAGAGGGAGAGUGAUGUGACUACUUCCCAGUCAGAAAGUGUUUUUCUCAAACCACACUUGUGCACUACAUGCGGUAAGGGGUUCAAAAAGGCCGGCUGUCUUAAGAGACACCAGAGAACUCAUACGGGAGAGAAACCGUUCGUCUGCCCUCGUUGUGGGAAGGCUUGGAGUGAUUCUGGAAACUUAAAGAGACACAUGAGAAAAACUCACCCAGGAAAGGAGAUGGUUGUUAAGAUGCUCAACACAGAGAGGAGUGACCCUACAGGAAGUAGGGAGGAAAUGAAUGUGCAUUCAAUUAAAUCGGAGGAGCAGGGAACAUCUUGGUCACUCCAGCUGAAACAGGAGGAUGCUUGUGGUGCCCCUGUGAGUCUCAGCCAGGCUCAUGCUGAUGAUGUAGACUGCAACGUUGAGGACAGAGAUUGGUUGCCUAGCAUCGGACUGAAGGCGGAGCCCAUGAGUCCCAGCCAAUCCGAUGAUGACGUUGCAGACCGCAAAGAAGAAUGUAACGAAGCGGGAGGUGCCCUUCAUUGUGGGAAGGCUUGGAGAGACACAUGAAAAGAGCUCACCCACCACACAAUCAGCAUGUCCCUUAUCCCACCACACAAUCAGCAUGUCCCUUAUCCCUACCCACCACACAAUCAGCAUGUCCCUUAUCCCUUAUCCCACCACACAAUCAGCAUGUCCCUUAUCCCUUAUCCCACCACACAAUCAGCAUGUCCCUUAUCCCUACCCACCACACAAUCAGCAUGUCCCUUAUCCCUACCCACCACACAAUCAGCAUGUCCCUUAUCCCUUAUCCCACCACACAAUCAGCAUGUCCCUUAUCCCUUAUCCCACCACACAAUCAGCAUGUCCCUUAUCCCUACCCACCACACAAUCAGCAUGUCCCUUAUCCCACCACACAAUCAGCAUGUCCCUUAUCCCACCACACAAUCAGCAUGUCCCUUAUCCCUUAUCCCACCACACAAUCAGCAUGUCCCUUAUCCCAACCCACCACACAAUUAGCAUGUCCCUUAUCCCUACCCACCACAUAAUCUGUAUGUCCCUUAUACCCUACCCACCACACAAUCAGCAUGUCCCUUAUCCCACCACACAAUCAGCAUGUCCCUUAUCCCUACCCACAAUCAGCAUGUCCCUUAUCCCACCACACAAUCAGCAUGUCCCUUAUCCCUACCCACCACACAAUCAGCAUGUCCCUUAUCCCACCACACAAUCAGCAUGUCCCUUAUCCCUUAUCCCACCACACAAUUAGCAUGUCCCUUAUCCCUUCCCACCACAUAAUCUGUAUGUCCCUUAUCCCUACCCACAAUCAGCAUGUCCCUUAUCCCACCACACAAUUAGCAUGUCCCUUAUCCCACCACACAAUCAGCAUGUCCCUUAUCCCACCACACAAUCAGCAUGUCCCUUAUCCCACCACACAAUCAGCAUGUCCCUUAUCCCUACCCACCACACAAUCAGCAUGUCCCUUAUCCCACCACACAAUCAGCAUGUCCCUUAUCCCACCACACAAUCAGCAUGUCCCUUAUCCCUACCCACCACACAAUCAGCAUGUCCCUUAUCCCACCACACAAUUAGCAUGUCCCUUAUCCCUCCCCACAAUCAGCAUGUCCCUUAUCCCUACCCACCACACAAUCAGCAUGUCCCUUAUCCCACCACACAAUCAGCAUGUCCCUUAUCCCUACCCACCACACAAUCAGCAUGUCCCUUACCCCUACCCACCACACAAUCAGCAUGUCCCUUCACCCUACCCACAAUCAGCAUGUCCCUUAUCCCACCACACAAUCAGCAGGUCCCUUAUUCCUACCCACCACACAAUCAGCAUGUCCCUUAUCCCUUAUCCCACCACACAAUCAGCAUGUCCCUUAUCCCACCACACAAUCAGCAUGUCCCUUAUCCCACCACACAAUCAGCAUGUCCCUUAUCCCUUCCCACCACACAAUCUGUAUGUCCCUUAUCCCUACCCACAAUCAGCAUGUCCCUUAUCCCACCACACAAUCAGCAUGUCCCUUAUCCCACCACACAAUCAGCAUGUCCCUUAUCCCACCACACAAUCAGCAUGUCCCUUAUCCCACCACACAAUCAGCAUGUCCCUUAUCCCUACCCACCAAACAAUCAGCAUGUCCCUUAUCCCUACCCACCACACAAUCAGCAUAUCCCUUAUCCCUACCCACCACACAAUCAGCAUGUCCCUUAUCCCUACCCACCACACAAUCAGCAUGUCCCUUAUCCCUACCCACCACACAAUCAGCAUGUCCCUUAUCCCUACCCACCACACAAUCAGCAUGUCCCUUAUCCCUACCCACCACACAAUCAGCAUGUCCCUUAUCCCUACCCACCACACAAUCAGCAUGUCCCUUAUCCCACCACACAAUCAGCAUGUCCCUUAUCCCACCACACAAUCAGCAUGUCCCUUAUCCCACCACACAAUCAGCAUGUCCCUUAUCCCACCACACAAUCAGCAUGUCCCUUAUCCCACCACACAAUCAGCAUGUCCCUUAUACCCUACCCACCACACAGUCAGCAUGUCCCUUAUCCCUACCCACCACACAAUCAGCAUGUCCCUUAUCCCUACCCACAUCAGACUCCAUUGUAACCUGGUUUACACCUGUCCAAUCCCUUAUAGAUGUGUUUACUACUUCAAGGAGACAAGAUGUGAAGGAUUUUUUUUUUUAAAGGUGGGUAUAUUUGAUGUUGUAAUUGUUUUUAAUGGAGACAGGUUAGAAGUAGAGGGGGAGACAGAUGAGCAGGGGAGACAGUGAAGAGUAGAUGCAGGGAUUGAACCCUGGUCUCCAGUGGGGAGGCUGAGGCAUACAUAGAGCAUCCAGCUGUGUUACCACAAGACUACAGGCCAUGUACAGAAGGAAGCAUUUCUAAAGUAUUGGAACACGGCCCUAGACUCAGCCUGUCCCAAAUACCACCUUAUGUCCUAUAUAGUGCACUACUUUUGACCCCUGCUCAAUGGGUUGCCAUUUGGGAUUCAGGACGUCCCAAACCCCUACCUACCACGUGCCCUUGCUCGGCCUUCACUAGGGCUGUGGCGGUCAUGACAUUUUGUCAGCAGGUAAUUAUCAAGCAAAUAACUGCCAAGUAAAUAACUGCCGGUCUCAUGGCAAUUGACCGUUUAAAUUAUCAUAAUCUCCUGGCUUCCACGCUUAACCUACAAGCGUCUGAUGCAGACGUUUGGGCUCCCUAGUGGCGCAGCGGUCUAAGGCACUGUAUCUCAGUGCUACAGGCGUCACUACAGACCCUGGUUCGAUUCCAGGCUGUAUCACAACGGGCCUUGGUUGGGAGUCCCAUGGGGCGGCACACAAUUGGCCCAGCGUAGUCCGGGUUAGGGUUUGGCCGGGAUAGGCCGUCAUUGUAAAUAAGAAUUUGUUCUUAUUAAUUAACUGACUUGCCUAGUUAAUACAUUUUUUUUAAAGUAUAAACAUUUCAUUUAAUAUAUCACAAUUGAACACAGCUAAAUAAAAUAGAAAGGAUAUUUUCCCCAAACGAUUUCAAAGGAAGUGCACACUUUUCUGUGUUGAGCGGUUAACAAAGAAACUGGUUCUCCCAUAUGCUUCGUUCAGAGUUAUUUAUUCGACUUUCGUUGUGAUACGAACGUUGAGAUAUGUUCUCAUUCUUAACAUAUUAUAAGGCUGCAUGAUGGGACUCUGAUGAUUUGAAAAAAGUCGCAAGCUGAACACACUUCAUCAGUCUCUCAUUCACAAUUUGACAAGCACUUGACAAUAUUCUCACCAGGCCUCGAAUUUCCCGGUGGCAUCCCCCUUGUGUGGCUGUAAUGCCCCAUUAAACAAAAUCUGUGCCUUUUCAUGGCCAAUGUGGGUGUUAUAAUAAUUAUAAUUACUCUCACUCAUAUGGCUCCUUCAGAUGUAGCCAAUGCCCGUCACGUGAUCGGGUCCAUGUCACAGUCAUUUCAGCUAAGAAGUAGGCUAAAAGGAAAUGAAGACAGACACAUCGGGGGCGUAAAUGUUACAACUGUCCACAUUUUACUUUUCGUCAACCAAUCAGAUGAGUCGGUCUAACCAACAGCAACAGCACUAGCUUAUGCCAAUGUACUAUCCUCCCCCCAUAGUGCAAAAGUUGAUCUAUGCUAUUGGUUAACUGUUCUUCUGUGCAAGGAAUAAAUAUUGCAACAGCAGCCUUCCUCCUCUUCACGAGAAGAGGAGGUGUAGCAGGGAUCGGACCAACACGCAGUGUAGCCAGUGCUCAACAUGUUUAAUAGACGAAACCGUGAACACUUACAAAAAUACAAAAUAACAAACUUGGCAAACCGAAACAGUCCUAUCUGGUGCAGAGAAACACAAAGACAGGAAACAACCACCCACAAAUCCCAACACAAAACAGGCCACCUUAAUAUGGUUCCCAAUCAGAGACAAUGACAAACACCUGCCUCUGAUUGAGAACCACAUCAGGCCAAUUGACAAUCCCCACAUAGAAACACAAAACAUAGAAUGCAAACCCAGCUCACGUCCUGACCAACACAAAACAAGGAAAAACACACAAGAACUAUGGUCAGAACGUGACAAAUAUGCCAAACAUACUCUAGGACAGCUUGUAGAAUGCAAUAGAUCCCAAAUGAAUACAGCAACUCGCCUCCAAACAUAUAUAUAUUUUUUAAAGCAACGAGGCUGGUGCAACAGAUCAGAACGUUUAGCUCAAAAUGUUGAUAAACUAUGAUACUAUUUCUAUGAGGCCAGUUCUUCAUAUUAGAACUGUAUCAAUGGACACGGUGGUUUGGCUAUAAGUGUGAAUGUUCCACAAUGCAAUCAAUUAGCAGGAAAACACUGUCGCCGAAGGUCAAUACGAUUGUGCAUGUAAUACUUUAUUAUAUAUUAUUAUUAUAUAUAUUAUAUAUAUAUAUGCAUAUUUAUGGUGAAAAUGAUUUCCCCCAAGCUUGAAACUCUCACACAGCUUAUUAGGCUCUACACCGGUUAUAAAGCGGUUUAAUGUUUAUUAUUUUACCUUUAUUUAACUAGGCAAGUCAGUUCAGAACAAAUUAUUAUUUUCAAUGACGGCCUAGGGAACAGUGGGUUAACCGUCUGGUUCAGGGGCAGAAUGACAGAUUUUUACCUUGUCGGCUCGGGGAUUUGAUCUGGCAACCUUUCGGUUACUGGCCCAACGCUCUAACCACUAGGCUACCUGUGCUUCCUGUGCUUAAUUUUAGGGAGUUAUUUGGUCACUUUAGUUGUGAUAAAAACCUUAUCAAGCCAUACAGGCCUAUGGGCUGGGCUACAUACGGUGUGCGACUAGGAUUUGAAAAAGUCGCAAUAAAACGCAUGAGUUAUUCCUUGCCUUACUGCAGAAGCUGGGCAUCAUUCACAAGUGAUAAUAUAUCAUUCACAAGUGAUAAUAUAUCAUUCACAAGUGAUAGGCUAAUAUUGUCACCCAUCAGACUAUUCUUCAUUUAAUGUUGUAUUUACAUAUACUAAAGAAUAUGUGUGAAAUGUAGUUUUGAUUUAGAAUUGACCAUUAUCAUGCACCUGUAUUGAAACAGGGGUAUGGGGGAAAAAAUGUGUCAACUAUGCACUUAAAUAGGGAAAUGGAGGACGUUUUUCCUGUGGUUCAUUUUCAUGCCAGCCAGGUAGGCUAUACUCCUAUUGUAAAGAGAAGCAAUGUGCUUAAUAUAAGGAACGUUUAUAAAUAUAAUAGGUCUAGCCUACAGAAAGCUGAUGGGAUCUUCCUCUUUCUAAUAGAGGCCAUCACUCUGUUUUCUCACGCAAUUACAUAGUCUAUAGAAAUGUUGAGCAACAUGAGCUCAUGGGCUCUCAUGAAGUGUUUUGAUUAGAUUUGACAUUACAUUUGCAUUGAUGUCAGAGUGAUUUAAAGGGACAAUACAGUGCUGAGUACCAGGCAGUUCGCAAGUUUGGUUAGGCUACUAAAGACAAUCUGGAGCAUCGGAAAAGCCUAAUUACCGUGACUAAACAGUCACGUGGAAUUUGACUGCCGUCAUGGCUUGUGACCGCCGGUCUGGUGGUAAUACCGUCACCUUGACAACCCCUCCAUGUUGGCAGAUCUAGAUGACUGAGGUUACCAGAGACAAACGGCUGAAUGUACAACUCUAUACAGCUGACUUCCUAUCAUUGGACCAUUGGAGAAGGGCCCAAUCCCAAAUUGACAUCUAGACCCUAUGCACUUGUGGAGAUGUAAGAUAAUCUAAUUGGUUGUAAGCAAUAUGGUAUGACUUCCGCCUAUCAUUGAGUGGUAGAGCUAUUACCAUAUUGCUUACACCUGACAAAACCUCUCCGAUCUCCACAAGUGCAUAUGGCGUAAGGUCUAGGAUCUAGUGUCUAGGAUCUAGGUCUAGGGUCUAGGGGGAAUUUAGGACUGGGCCCAUUGGGUCCAUGUGUCUUGAUUUCUGGUUUUAAAAGACUUGUCAGCAGUCUUACCACCAUGACUAGUUCAUAAUACAUUCAAAAAUGCCAUGCUGUUGUAUCCUGUAUGUAUAACUUGUGAAUAUAAUUAUAUUUUGUCAA